GUAAACUGUUCCAAUAUGCAAAUGAGUAUAGAUGAUGUCAUGAAUAUGCAAAUCAGCUCUGCUGUCAUUUAGCGCCUUUCAGACUUGUUGCGCAUGCGCUAACUACUAACACUACUUUUCCUCUUGAAACUCGUGUCUUCUGGGCGCAGGGACACGGAGAGAAGCCAAGAACUGAGGAGGAUGAAGGGAUAAAAAUGAAAAAGGUGAAAAAAGUGAAAAAGGGAAGCGAGUAACGGACGUUGUACGUGAUAUUUACACUAAGAUUAUAGACACAGCUGGACUCUGAGGGGAGCGCGCGCAUGACUUAAAGAGCAACAGCUCAGCUGAGGGAAAGAUACAGGCGUUCUGUUGUAGGUGAAAUUAGGUGUGUGUGUGUGUGUGUGUGUGUGUGAGAGAGAGAGAGAGAGAGAGAGAGAGAGGAAGAAGUGUGGUCAGAGAGAGGGAGAAGUGAUGGCGGGGUGUUGUUUGUCCGCGGAGGAGAAGGAGCGCAGGAGAAUCAAUCAGGAGAUCGACAAGCAGCUCAGGCGUGAUAAGAAUGACUCCAGGAGAGAGCUGAAGCUCCUGCUGCUGGGUACAGGUGAGAGCGGGAAGAGUACCUUUAUUAAACAGAUGCGCAUCAUUCACGGCGCCGGCUACACUGAGGAAGACAGGAAAACUUUCACGAAGCUGGUGUUCCAGAAUAUCAUCACGGCCAUGCAGUCCAUGAUCAGAGCUAUGGAGACGCUGUCAAUAUCACUGGGCAGUCCCGACAACCAGGCCCAUGCUGACUUGCUGAUCGAGGUGGAUGUUGAUAAGAUGAUGGAGCUGGAGGAAAGUUAUGUGGAAGCCAUCCGCUGCCUAUGGAAGGAUCCAGGCAUCAUUGAAUGUUACGACCGCCGCCGGGAAUACCAGCUAACUGACUCUGCCAAAUAUUACCUGAGUGAUUUGGAUCGCAUUGCUGAUCCAGGAUAUGUGCCCACUGAGCAAGACAUCCUGAGGGUACGAGUGCCCACCACUGGUAUCAUUGAGUACCCAUUUGACCUGGAAAAUGUCAUCUUCAGGAUGGUGGAUGUGGGAGGACAGAGGUCCGAGCGCAGGAAGUGGAUCCACUGCUUCGAGAACGUGACCUCCAUUAUCUUCCUAGUGGCAUUGAGCGAAUACGACCAAGUCCUCGUUGAGUGCGACAACGAGAACCGUAUGGAGGAGAGUAAAGCUCUUUUUAAGACCAUCAUCACGUACCCAUGGUUCCAGCAGUCUUCAGUCAUCCUCUUCCUCAAUAAAACGGACAUUCUGAAGGAGAAGAUUGUCUACUCCCAUCUAGCCACUUACUUUCCAGAGUUCACAGGCCCCCAGGGUGACCCUAAAGCAGCGCAGGAGUUUAUUCUGAAGAUGUACCAGGAGCAGAACCCCGACAAAGACAAGACCAUCUACUCCCACUUCACGUGCGCCACUGACACCGAGAACAUCCGCCUGAUCUUCGCCGCGGUGAAGGACACCAUCCUGAGAAGCAAUCUGAAAGAUUUCAAUCUAGUCUAAACCAGGUUUUCAGAACUAAGCCUUAAGCUCUUCCUCUCUCACCUUCUCACAGAACUUCCUUCACAUUUUCUCUCAGUCUCUAUUCUGGAUGGCAAAAAGAACCUCCAGAAGUGAUUAGGGGAAGGACUCAGGGACUGAAUUGGGAUAGGAGCUUCAGGUUCACACUUCACUGUGGCCUUAUUCUGAGUCUGAAGAAGCAGUUUGUCUCUUUUUGGAGCUUCUUCUGAGGCUGUAACACACUAAAUAGAUGAAAGUAAUUCAGAUGUAGCUGCUGAGGAUUGAGUUGCUGAAUGUAGUAGUGAUUUUGGGAAAGGGCAUGAUGUUUAAGAUUUUCUGAAUAUCUAAGGUAAGGGCAUGAUUUUCUGAAUGUCUAAGGAAAUUACUUGUUUGUCUUUUAUUGUACAUGUACAGAAAUGCUUACGAAUAGGCAAAAUUACAGAAGUGCAGAAAGUUUACUUUUGUAGCAAUAUGCAUACACAAAAACAACUGAAGGGAGAAAAUGCCUUCAUUGUGCCUUAACUUAGAUGCACUUGCCUUAAGUCGAAUUGUGAAAGGUCAACGGUAUGCUAUUUAUUUUUAGUUUAAACAACAAUGUAAAUUUCUUUCAAAUAAAACUUGUAUGUUUUGGAAAAAAUUAACCCUAUACUGUUUUCCUCCUCUCACGAUGCAACGUAAAAUUGCUGUUAAGAAUCCUUUUGAGAAUGUCUGAGAAAGUAAAACUAUCUUUACUACCUUUGAUGACAUCUCUGACAAUAAUGGCUUCCUGGUGUAUAAAAUGUGUAGUUAAUGUAUUUUGUGAUAUUUCUUCCACAGAUGUAUCUUCUCUGUAUUUAAACCAAAUGUUAUAUUUAGACUGAAUAAAUAAGAAAUACCUUGUACUCUCAAAACUGUCUUAACU